AAGAGAUUUGAAAAAAUGCAGAGCUCAAAUAUUUGAUUAAAUUUCUAUGGAAUUACUUUUAGCGUACUAGGAUAUUCCGGAAGUUAAGUAAGGAAAGAGGAAAGUCGCCAUUUUGUGCUCAUUGAGGAGGAUAAAGACAUCGUGAAUGACGGCUUGAUUCAAGCCGAGUAAUCUUUGUGUAAUUAUUGUUCCUUUGUUUUUCCUUCGCCAUUUGUUCGGCUCUGCCGUGUUAAACAGCGUUGAUGAUUGGGAUUCCGCGUGACGAUCGACAUAAGAUCACGGUUAAAAUCCGCAACAAUAUGAAAAGGAGCUCUAGUCGUGACACUCCUCCGCGCGUCAAGAGAAGUAGAUCAUCGAUGGGACGAUAUGAUGAUUCCAGUGAUGAGCGAAUAACUCCUGAAAGAAUUCGUCGACGUAGUAGAGGUGCAAGAAGUCCCAGUCCUCCAACGCGUGCCUCCUCUCAUGCUCGUUAUGUAGAAUCAAGCUCCCAUAGAGAUGAUUAUUUAAGAGCACCCAGAGAAUUACCACCAGAACGUCCAUAUAGUUAUAAAGUGCUUUGUAUCAGUUCGAUUCACCCAAAAGCAAGUGACGAAGUGAUAAAAGAUACUCUUUAUAGAGAAUAUAAGAAGUUCGGAGAUUUUUCUAUUAGAAUUUCUCAUGAAUUAGAUGAACGUGUUGCAUAUGUUUGCUUCAGAAGUUCAGAAGAUGCUAGAGAUGCGAAGCAUGCAAAACCAAGAAUCAUUAUGUAUGACAAGGUAGCGCUUGUUGAACCAGUUUAUGAAAGACCUGAUACUUACCGUCGUCCAAGAUCGAUCACACCCCCUGAUUAUGAAAGAUACUACGCCAGAAGUCCUGGUCCAACAGAUAGACAUAGACCUUUAGAAAGAUAUGAAAGAGUUUAUGGACCUCCAGUCGGUUUGCCUCCACCGCACAGAGAAAUGAGGCGUGAAGCAAUCCCUCCUCCUCAUCAUGAAUUUGUUAGACCACCAAUUCAUCAUGGUCCACCCCAUGUUCAUCCUGGCCCACCUCAUCAUUAUGGCCCUCCAAGGCAUAUGAUGAUUCGACAUCCAGUUCAUGGAUUUGAACGUGUGGAGAAUAAAAAAGAUAAAUUUCCCAAUUAUUUACAUCAUGUUUCUCCAGAAGACGACCCACUAGCAACAAGAACACUUUUUGCAGGGAACUUAGAGAUCAACAUUACAGAAGAUGAAUUAAGACGUAUCUUUAGUAAAUAUGGAAUUGUUGACGAUAUUGACAUUAAAAGACCUCCACCCGGUACAGGAAAUGCUUAUGCUUUUGUCAGAUUUCAGACAUUGGAUAUGGCACAUAGAUGUAAAGUUGAACUCUCUGGACAAUAUAUAGGAAAAUUCCAAUGUAAAAUUGGAUAUGGGAAAGCUACGCCUACCACAAGAAUUUGGGUUGGUGGUUUAGGACCAUGGACUUCCGUACCACAGCUAGAAAGAGAAUUUGAUCGAUUUGGGGCAAUAAAAAAGAUUGAUUACAUUAAAGGCGAUAGUAAUGCUUAUAUCUUAUAUGACUCGAUUGAUGCAGCACAGGCUGCUGUAAAAGAAAUGAGAGGAUUUCCUCUAGGUGGUCCAGAUAGGAGGCUGAGAGUUGAUUUUGCAGAUGUGACUCCUGGAUUUGGAUAUAAACCAAGACCCUAUCCAGAAGAAAGUGGAGAGUUUAGACCAAGGCCAGUAGAUUAUGAACCUCCUUACGAUCCUUACGGGCCAGAUAGUGAUUUUGGUUAUGGACCAAGAGGAUUCCGAGGUAGAGGAUCUGCACCUUGGCAUGAAAGAAGGGGCGGAGGAAGAGGGGGUUAUCGCGGGACUUAUCCAGAAAAUUACAUGAGAGAAGAAGCCGAGUGGUCCAGCCGCAGACCGCCUCCAGAAUUAGAGUAUGAAACACCAAGAAGCUUACGUCGAUCUUUAUCGAGAGAACCUGGUGUAGAUAGAUCAAGAUCAAGAUCUCCUCGUAGAAGGCAAAUUGACUCUGAUUCCGAUUCAGAGAAUACUCGUAGCGGAAUGCUUUCUACUUCUCGAACAUUACCUGAAGUGGCAAGGAAAUCAAUAGCAAUUUGGCAAGGAGCACUAAUCUUAAAGAAUUCUCUAUUUCCAGCUAAGUUCCAUUUAACAGAUGGUGACACAGAAAUAAUCGAGGCCUUGAUGAAAGAUGAAGAUGGAAAACAUAUGUUGAGAAUUACACAAAGAUUACGUUUAGAUCAACCAAAAUUAGAUGAUGUGUCAAAGAGAAUUCAAACUUCUAGUUCGCAUGCUAUUUUCCUAGGACUGGCUGGUUCAAGUACAGUUAUAUCUACAGAUGAUGCUAAUGUUCAAACCAGACCCUUACGCAACCUAGUAUCAUAUUUAAAGCAAAAGGAAGCAGCUGGUGUCAUUUCUUUGCUUAACAAAGAUACAGAGGGAACUGGGGUGCUUUAUGCAUUUCCACCUUGUUCAUUCUCUACAGAACUAUUAAAACGAACCUGUCCAAGCCUUAGUGAAGAGGGACUUAAGGAGGAUCAUCUGGUAAUCGUCGUUGUUAAGGGGGGUAGUGCUUAAGUUUCCUCGAUAAUCGCAAACCAGAACGGAUACAUGUAUAUACUGGCUGGGAUGUUUAGUACCAUUUCUCGUAUUAAAAAUGAGUUACAGUCUUUUAAAGAAAUACUUUAUAUCUAAAAUGUGCAAAAUUUUAGAAGAUUUAUAAUAUGAAUCUGUCUUUAUGAUCUUUCUUCUCGUAAAUCACCAUAUUUGCAUCGACAGAAAAUAUUUGUUAAAAAUUGUACAUUAUAUAAUAUAGAUUGAAGUUUUGUAUCAAAAAAAAAAAAAAAAAAAAAAAAAAGGGAAAAAAAAGAAAGAAAGAAAAAGAAAAGCUUAAACAAAAGGUAUUGAAACAAAGUAUCAAAAAUAUUCAGAGUAAACAUACAUGAUAUAAAUUUUUUAAAUAAGUAAUUUUAUUAAUAAAUGUUAUGUAAAAUGAUACAUACAAUAGUUUCAAUUGUGAAAGAAAUUUCAAAAUAUAAAUUCAGGCAUUUAUUACAUCGUAAGAAAAUUAUUGUAUCAGAUCAAUGUAAACAAUUCCUUUCGUACUCUUUUUCUUUUAAUUAUGAAUAUUUAGGGACAUCGAAAGGUUACUAGACGUACAAGCCUGUAUAUGCAUAAAAAGAAAUGAAAUUAUUAUGAAUCUGAAUUGCAAGAAAAAUUUAAGUUAUAUUAAUAACAAUAUUAAAGUAAUAAUAAUGAUAACAAUUCUAUACAGAAUGCUAUUUUAAUUUUCAAUCAAAUAUAUUGAUUAAUUUUUAUUAUAAUAUUUCCAGCUGUUACGUAUAUAUACUCUUAAUUUUUCUUUUUAUUUAGAAAAGUAUUCAUAGCGUUUAACAUUAAAGCAAUUCAGAGUUCAUUAAGUUCUGAGGAAACGCUUAAUUAAGUUAUUUUAAUUAUCAUAAACAAUUCGUAAGAGACGUAGAUUUAAUUUGUAUUAUAAUCGUAUAAUCUGCGCAUAUAUAUAUAUGUGUAUAUAUAUAUAUAUAUGCGCGCGCGUGCGCGCAUCUACAUAUACACACGCAUGCACGCACGCGUACACACACACACACACACACACACAGUUCUUUCAUAUUCAAGUGAAAUCUUUUAAAAAAUGUUUUGUUUUCAAAAUUUCAUGAUGAAUCUUCUUUUACAAUAUGAAUCUUAAUGAAGGUAAAGGUGAAAUAUGAAAGGUCUGGUCGAAACUAUAUUUGAUACAGUAAUUAAGUCUAGUUAAUUGUAAAGCUGCAUUUUAUGACUAUGUAGAAUUAUCCGUGUGAUAUAUACAUCUAACACUUAUGUAAGUGAAUUGUGCGAACGUGUUUUGAAAAGUGAACUUAAUGAAAGUGAAAGGACAGUAUCCCCAAAUAGCUCUAUGUGCUUUUCUUCCAGUGAAACAGCACAGAAUCUAAAAAGACAGUGUUUGGUGAUGAAUAUUUGAAAAGCAUAGAAGAAAAAAAGCAGAACGUGUACAGUGAAAUGUAAAAAAAAAAAAAAUCCAAGUGUUUGUGCUUGGCGACCAACACUGUGACGCUCUUUUAAAGUACUAUUUUAAAAGUGCGUUAUAGCAUGGCGCAACCAAAGGUGCAGUGGUUCAAUAAUACUAUAGUGUCGGAACAACAAAUAGAUGACUAUUACGCUGAGUCAAUGCGUUCAUUAUUCCUACUUUACCUACCAAAGUUUCAGUGGCGUCAAAUGAAAGUAAAGAUUGUUGCAUUAGAAAUGUAAAUGAUUUUUAACGGGAAGAAUGCAUUAAUAAUUUCAGUGGCAUUUAAAGAUGUAACGACCUAAUUAAUAGGGAAUGAAAAUUUUACAAGAAGAAAUAUUUAGUUAGUUUCAGUGGUAUCAAAAGAAAACAAUUAUUAUGUAGGAAAGUUUUAAUUAUAUUGCUUAAAAAAAAAAAAAAAAAAAAAAAAAGAAAAAGAGAGAGAGAAAAGAAAAAAAAAAGAAAGAGAGAUGCAUGCUGUGACUUAACUUGGUCGUAUGGGUUGAACACAAGUUUUCUCGUGAAGUUGAUCGUGAAUUUGGUGGUGUGAUUUUCUUUGUUUUGUCAAGAAGUUCUUUCUCAUCUUGCUUAGACCAAUUGUGUAAUUAGUGUUGUCUGUGGUCUGUGGCCAUUUUCGGUUCUCCCAAUUUUCAAAAAGUAACAAGCAUUGAAGGAAAGAAUAGCAUUUCCAUGUCUUGAAUAAAAUAAAAACAGUCGUGCCAAAUGUAAAAGUGAAAAAUGGUCGGUGUCGUUUCAGUGUUCCUUUUUAAAUUUUAAAUUCAGAAAUUUUGUAAAAAAAAUCCAUUAACAUUAAAAAAAGAUUUGUUUCAGAACAGCCACAACGAAAGGAUAGAAGGAUAGAAGAAUUCAUCUUUACUCCAAUGUAUUUGAUACAUUAUACAAAUAAAUCAUUUAAAUUGGCAAAUA